AUGAAUACUAAGGAGUACACAACCGCAGAACUCAAUGCGGCGUUGAAUCAGUUUGAUUUUGAAAAUCGUCCAUAUACUGAAGGCGAUAUUAGAAAGAAAUACCUCGAGAAGGCAAAGAAAUUCCAUUCGGACAAAAAUGGUGCCGAUGAAGAGAUGAAAAAAGCCUAUGAAGAAGCAUUCAAGAAGGUCUGUCGCUACAAAGAUAUUUUGGAGUGGAAACUUCAGGGCAUUGAGCCGAAAAGGCCGGAAGAGCCAAUUAAACCUUCUACACAGUCUCGCCGUGAUUACUCCCCGUGUCCUGAUAGUAGUGACGAUGACUUUAGAUAUUCUCGUUCGAAGUACCGACGCCGGCGAUCAAGUGAUUCCGAUGAUAACCUUGGCCACGGUUACUCCAAAGAAUACAUAAAUGCUUAUAAUGAAUAUAUGAUGUGGAAGAAAAAGGUAAAACAGAACGAAGAAAGGACUAGACAACAAGAGGCUAAAGAAACAAGAUAUUGUAACUCACGACGGGAGGAGAAAAGCUCGGGCCAUUCAUCUCACCGAAGGGACAGUGACAGGCAGCAUAAUUACCGUCCCCAAUAUGCUCCCGAACCCAAACAGUAUACUCGCGGACAUGACUCAGAUGAAGAACGAGAAUUCCUAAAAACAACAACGAAGGCUCGUGAAGACGCCGAGGCUCAGAGGAAGAAAGAGCGGUGUUACACACGGUCCCGGCCUGAUGUUAACCUCGAUUAUGUACGCGCACCAUCAUCGUCCACGGCGCACCGGAGAUCGAGUGGGCAUGAUGACCGAUUUUUCAAACAUGUGCCUGCUCCCGGUGCUCCGAAAACAGCACGCCCAGUACCGACAAGAGAUGACCGACGCGAACGCGAGCACCGACAAGUGUCUUCCUCAACAAAAACCACGACGCGUACGACUAGUGGGAUGUAUGUGAAUGGCCACCCUGUUGAAAAUAUUAGUAGGAGUAGGAUGUAUGUGAAUGGCUACCCUGUCGACAGGAUAGUUUGUAACGACCCAGAUGAAUACGUCAAUGAAGACCACUAUUGUGACUCCCCAGACGAAUACGCUGAUGAGCGCUACCAUGACCGGGUAAAUGGUGGUUCAAAGUAUUCAAGGCCACCUAAAUCGAGUUACUACUCUAAAGGGCCCCGCUACCAUCGUUGA